UUUUUGGGAAACGGGCUUGGUGACGGGGAUAGGUAAUCGAUCGAAGUGUUGAAUCACGGAAUUCGCGAUUCAAGGUGAGAAAGCUACGACAGAGACCUGAAAUCACGCAGAGCUGUAUUUCUAGCAAGGGGAAAGCGACCCUUUAUGGAGUGCGACAAGAGUCCCAUCACUGGUUGACAUGGCGAAACAUGCAAUUCAGGCUAUUAUUGCUUGUAUCUGCGCUUGUUGGCCGAUGUAGUGGGGUGUUUGGACGAGGAUGGCCGAUGGAGGAGGGGGGGAAACAGUUGAAGAGAAAUGACGGCGUCUGCGGGGACGCACGCCCGCGGCGGGGUAAAUUGGAGACACAAGAGACGUCUAGUAUUCGUACGGACCACCUGGCGGGGAAGCUUUCCCCUCUGUUUGGCCGGUGCUCUCACUCCUCAACACCGAACCGGGAGGUUCCCAGCCCCAUUUCGUGCGGCCAUGCUCUUGUCUUACUGGCGCGUCUAAAACAACACGAGCAGCUUUGCGCCUUGUCUUCGCGUCUCCGGCUUUUUGGGGAAAUGGAUGGAUCCAAAGUUGCCAAGUUCCCAGAGGACCAGAGGGGUGCUGGCGGAUGGCGGAUACGGAGUACUGACACCAGUUAACUUGAGAGGCCCGCUUGAGCUGGAGAAGAAACUAAGACUCAAGUAAGGAUUUGCUUCCAUCCGCGAGCUGUGAGUGGGUAGAAUAAGUUGUCAAUUGUCCCGAAUUCGUGAGAAACCC